GCAAGAUCCAUGACAAGAGCCCUUCAAAUAAAAAACAAACUCGCUUCAUUGAUGGGAGUCUGAGUGAACCAGUAAACCCCAACAGCUUCUUGAUGGAGCACUGGCUCCGGUGCAAUGACACAGUGAUUGCUUGGUUGCAAAACGUGAUGUCCAUUGAUGUCAAAGCCUGUACGUUGUAUGCUGAUACAGCUCGAGAACUUUGGGUAGACCUAGAACAUCAACUAGCACAGAAAAAUGCUCUACAAGUUUUUGAUGUAAAACAAGCCAUUAUCACCUUGAUGCAAAAUCAUGAUAUUUUAAGUGUUUACUUCUCAAAAUACAAGACUCUCUUUGAUGAAUUAAUGAACCACGAAUCUAUUCCUAACUAUACCUGUGGAGGAUUGAAAUCUAUUAUUGAAAAAUAG